AUGUCGUCUACGAAACAAGUAGCAGAGAACAUGCUAUGGGGAGGUCGUUUCACUGAGGGCCUUGACCCCGUCAUGGAGCAGUACAAUACAUCCCUUCCCUACGACCGUCGCUUUUAUGCCGAGGACAUUGCCGGUUCCAUUGCCUUCGCUCGCGCAAACAUGAACAAUGGUGUUCUCACGAAAGACGAGUUCGCUGCGAUCGAGAAGGGCUUCGCGCAGAUUAAGGAGGAAUGGGCCAAUAACUCAUUCAAGGUCCAGCCCAAUGAUGAAGAUAUCCAUACAGCGAACGAGAGACGGCUUAGCGAAGUCAUUGGGAAAGAGAUUGGUGGGAAACUGCACACGGGACGAAGCAGGAAUGAGCAGGUAGUUACAGAUAUGCGUCUGUGGUUGAGAGAGGAGUUGAGGACCCUUGAAGGCUACCUCACCCAACUCAUUCAGACAAGCGUUCAACGAGCAGAAGCAGAAAUCGAUGUCUUGAUGCCCGGUUACACCCACCUUCAGAAAGCGCAGCCGAUUCGAUGGUCUCACUGGGUACUUUCCCAUGCUACUGCUUUCGCUGACGAGCUCCGACGCCUUCGCGAGGUUGUGAAACGUGUAAAUCGCUCUCCACUCGGCUGUGGUGCCCUUGCGGGUAACCCCUUCAACAUCGACCGCGAGGCUAUGGCCAAAGAACUCGGUUUCGAAGGAGUUCUCCCCAACUCUCUCAACGCUGUUGGUGAUCGCGACUUCGUUUUCGAGACUUUGCAGUGGGGAUCUAGCUUUAUGCUAAAGCUCUCUCGAUGGGCCGAGGAUUUGAUCAUCUACUCAAGUCUGGAGUUUGGAUUCGUAAGGCUCGCAGAUGCUUACUCAACAGGGAGCUCUCUGAUGCCGCAAAAGAAGAACGCAGACUCGUUGGAGCUGAUUCGCGGCAAGAGCGGAAGGGCAUUUGGACACAUGGCUGGCCUCUACGUCACCAUCAAAGGACUGCCAACAACUUACAACAAAGAUCUCCAAGAAUCUGUAGAGCCUCUCAUCGAUCACAUCAAAACGGUCGGGGAUUCUAUGCAGAUUGCUACUGGAGUUCUCUCCACGCUCAAGAUCAGCCCAGAGAAGAUGAUGGCAGCUUUGGCACCCGAGAUGCUCGCUACCGAGUUUGCAGACUAUCUUGUCCGCAAAGGUGUUCCCUUCCGCGAAGGCCAUCACAUCUCUGGCCGUGUCGUUGCGCUGGCUGAAGACAACAAUGUGCCGAUGGAUAAGCUGAGCGUGGAGCAACUGAGAGCCAUUGAUUCCCGGUUAGGAGAUGACGUUGUCGAAUGUCUUGAUUAUGAGCGAGCAGUGGAGCUCAAGAACGCUCCCGGAGGAACGAGUAAAAGUGCCGUUAGGGAGCAGAUCGAGAAGUUGAAGCAGCAGCUUUAG